CUGCCGGACGGCAUGAAGCACCUGCCGGACGGCGCGUUCCGCAACUGCACAGCUCUCGUCUCUGUGACCUGCCCGGAGACUCUUCGCGUCAUCGGCAGCUACGCCUUCUACGGCUGCACCUCUCUCGCCCGCGCCGACUUUAAUGACGGUCUCAAGUCCAUCGGCGAAAGGGCCUUCAUGAAUACCCCGUCCCUCAUCCGCGUCACC